GAGGUCAAGGCCGAAAACGCCGGUAUUAAUCUUUCGUUUCACUUCGUUCUGUUCACUUCGGUUUGCUGGACUAAGCACGAGCAGGUCUACGCGAGCAAAGCUUCAUUCCCCACCAUGGCUUCCUACCACAGACCAGACAGCCAGACUAUUCAAACUUUGAAGGAUAUCGCUAACAAGCUGCGAAUUCACAGCAUAGAAGCAACAAACGCAAGCAACUCUGGCCACCCCACAUCAUGCUGCUCUGCUGCAGACAUCAUGUCAGUGUUGUUCUUCAACACAAUGCGCUACACCAUCCAAGAGCCCCGCCACCCUAACAACGACAGAUUUAUCCUGUCCAAGGGUCACGCUGCCCCCAUCCUGUACGCUGCCUGGGCUGAGGCUGGACUCUUCCCUGCCUCAGACCUUCUGCAACUGCGCAAACUCUCCUCCGACCUGGAGGGACACCCUACUCCUCGUCUGAACUUUGUGGAUGUGGCCACCGGUUCUCUGGGACAGGGUCUGAGCGUUGCUGCUGGAAUGGCCUACACUGGAAAGCAUUUUGACAAGGCAGAUUAUCGUGUGUUUUGCCUCAUCGGUGAUGGAGAGAGUGCAGAGGGAUCCAUCUGGGAGGCCAUGCAUUUUGCCAGCAAAUACAACUUGGACAACCUGGUCGCCGUCUUUGACAUCAACCGCUUGGGACAGAGCGAGGCUACCAGCCUUGGCCACGAUAUGGAUGUUUACAAAGCCCGUGCAGAAGCUUUCGGCUGGAACACCUAUGUGGUUGAUGGGCACGAUGUGGAAGGGCUCUGCAAGGCCUUCUGGGAUGCUAGUCAAGUGAAGGGAAAGCCAACUUGCAUUCUGGCAAAGACCUUCAAGGGAGCUGGAAUUCCAGGAAUUUCUGAUGAGGACAACUGGCAUGGAAAACCCCUGGGAGCAAAGGCUGAUGAGGCUAUCAAGGCCAUCCGAAAGAAUAUUGCGAACCCUGGACCCCACAACAUCAUCCCCACUCAGCCGACUUUGAACCUGAAACCCAUCAACGAGAAGGCUCCCCUCGCUACUGAACCAGCUUACAAACUUGGUGAAAGUGUUGCUACAAGACUGGCUUAUGGAACAGCUCUGGCUAAACUUGGAAAAGCAAACGAUCGCGUCAUUGCUAUGGAUGGUGACACCAAGAACUCUACUUUUGCUCUGAAAUUCAAGGAUGCUUUCCCAGAUCGCUUCGUCGAGUGCUACAUUGCUGAGCAAAAUUUGGUUGGUGUUGGAAUUGGUUGCGGAACACGAACCAGAACUAUUCCAUUCAUCAGCACCUUCGCUGCUUUCUUCACAAGAGCUUUCGAUCAGAUUAGAAUGGGCGCCAUUUCUCAGACCAAUGCCAACUUUGUUGGUUCUCAUGCUGGCAUUUCUAUUGGAGAAGACGGCCCAUCUCAGAUGGCUUUGGAGGACUUGAGCAUGUUCAGGUCCGUCCCUGGCUCAACCGUUUUCUACCCCAGCGACGCCGUGUCUGCAGAGAGAGCCGUGGAGCUGGCGGCCAACACCAAGGGCGUCUGCUUCAUUAGAACCAGCAGGCCCAGCUUGCCUGUCAUCUACAACAACAACGAGCCUUUUGCCGUCGGCAAGGCUAAGGUUGUCAGGCAGAGCAGCACAGACAAAGUCACUGUGAUUGGCUCCUGCGUCACCCUGUUCGAGGCCCUGAAGGCCGCCGACACCCUGAGUGCGUCUGGCGUCAACAUCCGUGUCAUUGACCCCUUCACCAUCAAGCCCAUCGAUGGGGCCACCAUCAUCGCCAACGCCCAGGCCACGGGCGGGAAAAUCAUCACUGUGGAGGACCACUACCCUGCAGGAGGCAUUGGCGAGGCUGUAGCAGCUGCCGUCAGUGGACAGCCAAACAUCAUUGUGAAGCACCUGGCCGUACAGGAGAUUCCACGCAGCGGCAAGUGUGCCGAGCUCAUGGAUAAGUACGGCAUCAGCGCCCCCUGCAUCGUGAAGGCCGUCCAGAGUAUGCUGUCUGCUUAAAAUGGGGUUUUCUUACUAUGAGAAUCUCCCAUCGCACUGCAUGUAUUGACUGAAACAUUCAGUUUUUGAUAUGUGUGCAAAUUUUGUUGAAGUUUCUGUGGUUUACCAAUAUUCUUUUUGGGGUUGAACGUCGAGGAUAAAAAGAGAAUCAUUUCGGCAUGUCGCAGAGAGAGGUUCAUUGAUUUGUUGGGAAAUUUGAUGUAUGAGGUAUUUCAUGUUUUUACUAACUUUAUCGCUGGUAAAGAGAUGUUAUUCAUUCAUGAGUUUAAGAAUGGAAAAAUAUGUUCUUAAUUUCUUGUAUUAGCAACUUCAAUUUCUGUAUAGAACUUGUGAGUUUUAUAAGACCAUCUUUCUUAAUCUACCUAAGUCAGUGCAUUACUAUACUAUGUUUUUUGAUACCAUUUAGUAUGAACCUUUACUUCACGAUUUUCCUCAUCGCUUUUCAUACGCAGAACCCCAUCAUUCCUACUACUACCACACACCUUUGUCGUCAUUUUUUAACUUGGCAAACAUUUCAGUGUGAGCUGAGGAGUUCGUUCAGUGGAUGUGUCAAUGUUGUGGUGGGUGUAGCCCACACCUACACUCACACCUGCUUGUUGCUUAGAUGCCAUUUAUAUAGCAAACUGAAUAAAAUGUUGAACAAUU